AUGGACUUGAAGGUCAAGGUCGAGUGCCAUUGCCGGCUCACGUCCUUCUCCCUCUCAAUCCCUUCUGACUCGCUUCCGCUGAAAUCUGCACUCUGUCACUGCCACUCGUGCCGCCAUUGCACUGGCCAGCUGUUUGCGACCUGGGCCGUGAUCCCCACCGACUUGCCACCGAGCGUCCUCAAUGGAGGGAAUCUGGUCAAGUACGAAUCCUCGCCGACGUGCCAGCGCUGGUUUUGCAAGCGGUGUGGCGCGAGUGUCGUCAAUGUCGACAGGGGAGAGGGCCCGGAAGAGUGGGAAGUGGGCACAGGAGUGCUCUACUUUGAAGACCCCAAGCACCUGGAAGGGAAGUUGAAUCGAGUGCAGCUCUGGGUUGAGGAUGUCAAGGGGGAUGGAGGCACGGUUGGUUGGAUCAACCAGGGAAAACUAGAGGGGAUGGAUAGGCACUGGAAAGGACGACAGAGUAACAUGGUCAAUGACGACGCUGUCAGGGAUCUCAUGAGACGCAGAGGCGAUGAUCAAGACGAUUGUGAACGGCUUAUUGUGCAAUGUCACUGCCAGAACGUCAAAUUGGAAAUCUCGAAGCCUUCCAACGGCCACAAUGCAGGGGCCGGGAAGUUCGAAGCAAGCCUCGAUGCCUGUACUUCUUGUCGGACCGUGACUGGGUUUGAAAUCACCUGCUGGGCCACGGUGCCCAAGACUGUCAUUGUUGCGGAACCGGAUUUGGAGUCUCUGCUAGUCGAUAAGGGAAGGCUAGGCUACUACAGCACAUCGUCAGGGGUGAGUCGCUUUUUCUGUGUAAGGUGUGGUGCAACAGUCUUCUACUACAAGCAUGACCUUGAAACGAUUGAUGUUGGUCUCGGACUUCUGGAGCCCAAAGUCGAGGGGGCUGUCCGAGUAGAGUCGUGGCUCGAAUGGCAGAAGUAUCCCAAGUGUUUGGUGUUUGAGGAAGAUGCAAUCGACACAGAAUUUGUCAGUAAUUUGAAAGAAGGCAUGAGGAAUUGGGAGAGGAGCUGA